CAGUCGGAAGGGUUGGCAAGUCUGAAAGCUCUCGCCAUAUUCACCCCACCCAAGUGUCGUCGAGUUUUUGGUUGAAUGGCAGAGGGUCGACGGUGGCCCGAAGUGGUCAGAAACGGUCAAACUGGAACUCAUGGAAUUAGAAAACAUUGUAGCCAACACAGUCUACUUGAAAGCAAGAGAAGGAGGUUCCGACAGCAAUAAAGGCAAGAGUAAAAAAUGGAGAAAAUUAUUACAGUUCCCACAUAUAUCACAGUGUCUAGACUUAAAAAGCAAGAUAGAUGUAAAGUACAGCUAUGUAGUGGAUCAGCAACCCAUAGGAAGACUGCUGUUCAGACAGUAUUGUGAAUGUGUUAAGCCUAUGUACCACAAAUACAAUAAAUUCUUAGAUGACGUUGAACGGUAUCAGGUUGAAGUAGAUGAAAAAAGACAAGAAGCUGCGCACGCUAUUUUUAACAAAUAUUUACAACAAACGUCUUUAGAAUGGCAAAUAUUAGGUAUAUUGAAUGAAUCAUUAGUUGCAUCGUGCAAAGAAAAUCUAGAUUCCUCGGAAAAAGAGCUUUUCAAUGGAUGCGCCGCAGAUGUCAAGCUCUUCCUUGCAAAUGAGCCGUUUAAGGAAUUUGAAGCUUCCAUGUAUUUUAAUAGAUAUCUACAGUGGAAAUGGUUAGAAAGUCAACCGGUUACAUACAAAACUUUCCGAAUGUACAGAGUUCUUGGCAAAGGAGGAUUUGGUGAAGUAUGUGCAUGCCAAGUAAGAGCAACAGGGAAGAUGUACGCUUGCAAAAAGUUAGAAAAAAAGAGAAUAAAGAAGAGAAAAGGAGAAGCGAUGGUGCUUAUUGAGAAACAAAUUCUCCAGAAAAUAAAUUCCAGAUUUGUAGUUAGUCUAGCCUACGCUUACGAAACAAAAGAUUCUUUAUGUUUAGUACUAACAUUAAUGAAUGGUGGUGACCUGAAAUUUCACAUUUAUAAUAUGGGUGGUGAUCCUGGCUUCGAUCAAGAGAGAGCAGUCUUCCAUGCUGCUGAGGUACUAUGUGGCUUAGGACAUUUACAUGCCCAAGGCAUUGUGUAUAGAGAUUGCAAGCCAGAGAAUAUUCUUCUAGAUGACCAUGGUCAUGUCCGAAUAUCAGAUCUAGGUUUAGCCGUUCAGAUACCUGAGGGAGAAAUGGUUCGAGGAAGAGUGGGAACUGUAGGAUAUAUGGCCCCCGAGGUUAUUGACAAUGAGAAAUAUACAUUUUCUCCAGAUUGGUUUAGUUUCGGUUGUCUCAUUUAUGAAAUGAUUGAAGGUCAGGCACCAUUCAGAGCUCGAAAAGAAAAGGUCAAGCGUGAAGAAGUGGAUAGACGGGUAAAAGAACAGCCUGAGACAUACUCACAUAAGUUUUCAGAAGAAGCUAAAUUAAUAUGUCAGUUGUUGUUAAAGAAGAGUGUUCGUGAAAGAUUAGGUUGCUCAAGAGGGCGACAUGGGGCAAUAGAUGUAAAAAAUCAGGACUUUUAUAAAAGCAUAAACUGGAAAAGAUUGGAAGCUGGAAUGUGUGAGCCUACAUUUGUUCCAGAUCCUCAUGCAGUUUAUGCUAAAGAUGUGCUUGACAUUGAGCAAUUCAGUACUGUAAAAGGAGUAAACUUAGAUGCAACAGAUGACUCAUUUUACUCAAAAUUCAACACUGGUUCUGUAUCAAUCCCUUGGCAACAAGAGAUGAUAGAAACCAAGUGUUUUGAAGAGCUCAAUCAAUUUGGUCCCUACAACACAGUACCUAAUGACCUCAGAUUGGACCUACCUCCCCCUGAGGACAGCAAGGGUUGCUUCCCAUUCGGACGACGGGUAUGUCCACAAUGCAUAUACGGCGGAGGUAGCUAGAAUGUGGUGGUGGUGGGACCAUGUGAGAAAAUCAUCCUCAUCCAGGGCACAGUCAUCAUCUCACUUUUGCUGUUCGCUGUCGAACAUCUCAAGUUUUAAAUCAAGCAUCAGAACUUCUACAAGUGUGUUCUUUUGAGCAUCUUGUGAAGCUCAGCAUCAUUUAUUAGCUCACAUUCAAGUCAGCCAUAUGUCAGUCAAUGAGAAAAGGAAUCAGUAGAAGAAGAGGAAGCACGGGCAUCACCUAUUUUUAUUUGUAUGUCCUUUUUUGUGCCAAGUGUUUUAGAGAAGUAUAUUGUAAAUGCAAACAAACUACAUUUUCAGAGCCUUAUUCUAACAGCUAUGAAAAUUUUACUUGAAAUUGUAAUACAUUACUAUUCAAGGCUGAAUACUAAUGGGACUAGUCUGUAGGUAGUGAUAUUGUAGUAAGUUAUCAUUUGUAUAAGUCCCUUGCCAAGAAAAGUUACUAUUUGUUGUCUUUUUCAUUCAUAAUAUUGUACUGUAGUUACACUCAGUAAAUCAUAAAUUCAUAUUAAUGCAUAGGUAAGUUUUGUGUUGUUGGAAAUCAUAUACCAAGAGGAUCUAUGAUUUAUGAAGCUAACAGACUAAUAUUUGCCAAAGCUUAGAAUAAGUGUUUCCUUCAUAAAUCAGUUGUAGCUUUAUCCAAUGUAGUUCCACUGGUUUAAAUUGACUUGUAUUUAGAAAAAAAAUUGCAGUAGUAGUAAUUAUGGUUCUGAAAUGUAGUUUGAGAUUGGUGUGAAGUGGUUUAGGGAGUAAUUCACCAUAUUUUUUUUUUCUUUUUUAUAAUGAUGUGGAAUUAAUGGUCAGUAUUUACCUGUUAUAUUUGUCUUUUUUUUAUGGCAUUGUAUGUUGCCAUAUUAUUUACCAAGGUGCAAGUUGACAUAUGAUCAACUUUAUUUCCUUCCUAUAGAUUCUAGUACUGCAAAAGUAAGUAAGUCAAGUUUAGCUAUUUGGGUUUGGGAUAACCACAUAGCUGUCACUAAGUUUUUAAAGCCUGAUUACAAGAGUGGGAAAGAUGCUGGAUUAAAUUUGGUCGUAAAGUUUUCCUUCUUUUUAAUGUAGUAUACGUACAUUCUCCCUCACUGGAAACUAGCAGUGGUUUUGUAUAUCUAUGGGAAUUCCUUUUCAGUGUUUCAGUUUAUCAGCAUUUAGAUUUGUAUCCUUGAAGGUUCAUUGGAUGUUGUUUAUACAGUUAAUUUUACUUUUAGUACUUAUUAGUGAUUAUUGUAAUGUGUAGACUUCGUGAAUCAUUUCUUAUAAAUAUUUCCAACAUUGCACAAGUCACAUUGUCAGAAUGUGGGCACAUUGGUAAUUAAGGAGCUAGUAUGGCAUAGAUAAAGAUAAGUUCCCUGCAGGUCGGGUAGAACUUUUUAUAGGACGCUGUGCGCUGCUCUGUGACCCAAGAUGCUGAUUGCUGUGUCAGUUGCACAUUUACUGUACAAUUUUUUUCUUUAUCUAAAUCCAGUUAAAUAAGUUUCACCAAACUAACCAUCACAGAAAAGCUAAAUUUAAAAUGAUCACAAAAGUGCACUGGAGAAAGAAUUACAUAAAAAAAGUUGUAAAUAUGGUAUGAUACUGGUAGUACAUUGAAUGUUAGGAAGUACUGUGCAUUUACAGUGUGAGAUAUAAGAGAAUUUUGUGGCAUUGUAUGAAAUCUGUUUGCCAGCUGUUUAGGAAUUUGUCUCUAAUUUUUUUUAAUGUUCUCAUGCCCAAGUAUGCGCAGCAAGAUAUGGGCAUUUUAAAUAAUUACAAAGGGCGUUAUUGCAAGCAGAUCAGUGUAAACUAUAAUUUUGAUUAUGGGAAUUACCCAGUAAUUAUAUUAGGUAAGAGUUUCACACGCCCAGCAAUUAAAUUCUGAAAUUUGCGGAUUGUGCCAAUUUGUUAUAAAAAUGUCAUUUUCUUGAACGUGAUUAAAUGAGAUUUCUAUAUCACUGUAAUACAUAAAUGCCUAAUCAGUAAGAGCUCUUUUUGAAGUUCAGUCAUCAUGUGUAACUGAUGAAGUAUUUAUCUAUUUAAUGUUGACAUAUUAGAGAGCUUUUCAAUAAAGUAAUUUAAUUUACAAAAAGUCAAAAUACUAGAUUAGAACUUUGUCCCCAAGAUUUCUCAUUUCUCUUAAAAAUAAAAAUAAAUGAAAUUGAGUUCAUUUUGAAAAUUGAUCCAUUUUCUUGUUCAAGUUAAUCAUUUUCAUUUAUGAUAGUAGUGAAAGUUGUGAAAUCAGUCUCUGUGAUUGCUUCUUUGUAUAAAGUUGUCUUUACUAAGAAACUUUUUAAUCUGAUUACCAGACAUUGCUAGGCUUCCAUAGUGGUUGAUUGAAGGAUUGUUUUUAAGUGAGGAUUGAAAAUAGCUCAAGGUAAAAUGGAAGAAUGUAGGCAGUCAAGUGAGAAGGGGCCAGAGGAAGUAGAAUGAAAAGAACAAGGGAGAAACCAGAGCAGUUAAAGCCAGUUGAUAUUGCAAAUAAUUGUCAGUUAGUCAGUUUGCAGUGUGUUGCGCAAGUCAUACUGUAGGGUGUGCAGGGUUUGUAAAAGUAUAGAAUGUAAUUUGGUGGUUUUCAGUAUAAAACUUUGAAAACCAUCACUCAGUAUAGAGCUCAACCUUUAACAUAAGUUGUUCUACUUAUGAUGGAAUAUGUUUAUACUUCAUUACCCAUAGUUUGUGUCACAGCUCUCAUUGACUAGGAUAACAUUUAAAAGCCAAAUUCAUCUAGAUUUUGCAAGAGUUUAUUUAUGCUAAGGUGAACAGGGAACUGACUAUCUAUUUCAGUUUUUAAAGGAUAAGUAAGGUGUCUUAAGUCUUUUGACUGCUACUAGAAAAAAAAAGUGUGCCCUUGAUAUGGCAUAACUGCAUCUUAGAUUGAGAUUGUGAGGCUGUGGACUUGAGAGAGAGUCCCCAGUUUAGAGGUGAAAUACAUGUACGAUGAUGAAAACAGUGCACAGACACUUCACAUUGUUGUUAGAAAUUCACCCGACAGCAUCUCUUGAAGUCUGUGUGUUAUGUGGCAAUCCAGAUAUUUUAAGUUAAAUUAAAGAUUAACAAAUUUCUGUGUUAAUGCUCACAUUUUCUUUCUAGCAUUUAAGUAAUACUUAAAAUUGAAUCUUUUAUAUGGCUGGCUUUUUAUUAUAUCAAAGAGCCUCAAUUGAUAACAUAGUGUUGUGCUUUUUGGUAAGUAAAUUGUCUUGGAUUAGAUAUUAAUUUUGUGAACUUUAAAAGAGCAUGUUGCACAGUAAUUAGAUAUUUUGUCUCUAUGGUUUGUUAUUUAACUCUGGUUUUAUUAUACUGUAUUCGAAGUGGAUGUAAAAUACUUUUAAGAUUACUUUUUUCAUUACUCUGCUAGUUCCUUCCUCACCUCUGCAACCUGCCAUUUCAGCCAACAAUAUAUAAUGAAACUAAACAGUUUAUCUACUCUUAAAUUUUUUCUUUUUUAAUUAUUUUUUUAGUGGUAUUGUACGAGGAAAUUGUGUGAGAAAUUCCAGCAUCUUCCCAUAGUAAGUCAUGGCUAACUCUUGAAGUUGAGACAAUAAGAUGGCUAUUUGGAUAUCAACAAGUUUUAGUAGCUUGAACAAGUACAGGUAAUAUAGUUUUGGUGUACUAGUAUCAAUAGAAUUGACAUAUUUUUAGAGUCAAUUGAAAAUCUGGAACUCCUAAAACAAAAUAUAAUGUAGGCUAUCUCCUAAGUAGAUAUCAUGGACAGUGUUGAUAGAUCAUUUUGAUUGCUUGUUUUGAGAUGUGAAUAGAUGUUCAUUUGACUCUAAAAGGAGCUUUUUUGUCAACAUUUUUACAUGCUUUAAUUAUUAUUUUAGUGACUGCAUGAAAUGAAAUUUGUGGACCAUACAACUGAAACCAGCACUGUUGAAGUGCACAUAUUCCAUAGAAACCUUUCUUGAGAGGCUCUUUCGCAGAGGGUGUUAAUUAAUAUAAAUACUAUAUGACAGGACACACCAAACUGCCAACUCGAGACUUUGUAGCCAUUUAAUCAGUAUGAUAGAGGUAAAUUUCUUUUUAUGUUUGUAUGAACUCGCACACUAUAUGUUUUUAUAUUCUUUAUAGUAAAGUGCAUGUUUUGUUGUUCUCUGUAAUUUCUUAUACGAUCAGGUCUUCAGUAAUCUCUGAAUAUCAUAUGUAAUGCUGUACUGUAUUGUGUUCACGUCUAAUGAUUAUACUGUCGGAGCAAAAUUAAAAUAGUUGUAAGAUAAAAUUGUGCUCUGACAAGAUAUUCUUGAGACAUGAAGUUCUAGUGAGGGAAUUUGGAAAGCUCAAAUAAUUGUGGUUGUAAUAGUUGAACCUUUUCAAGUACAUUACAUGAUUUUGGAUCCUUGGAAAUCUUUGCUCAUAGUACAGUGUAGAAGAAAGUAUCAAGUUCUAUUUUUCUGAGCCUUUUAUUUUGUAAAGUUGAGUUUCUACACAUCUAUUUGUCUGAGGUUCCUUCAUGGAAAAUAGAAUUUUUGACAUUGAAAAAACCUUUAAUGUAUUAAUAUUUAUGUUUUUGUUGGGUGACUUACGUAUCUAUUUUAUUAUUGUGUUGCCCCUUAUUUUAUGUUGUAGAUUUAUUUUUAAAUCAUUAUUUUGUGUUAAUAGUAUGACAGAGUAUUAUGUAGUUUUGUAAUGAUGUUUGUGUCACAACUCACAAGUUGUCAUAUGGCAAAGUGCCAGAAUAAUAUAAAUAUUCUUCAAAGUAUUAUAUUUUUCCAAUUUUUAUUUGUUGAUAUCUUAAUGUUCCUCUAAUUUUUUAACUGUUGGUACUGUAGUAUUGUUACCUUUGUUUCCCAUUCAUUAAAAUAAAUGUAUUUUGGUGUUGACUCAUUUUCUUUGGAUCUGUGAGAUCGAGCAACAGAUGUUUUCAGGUCUGGGAUAUAUUGAAGUGGUGGUGAAUCUUUGUUUCAAGUUGCCUCUAAAAUACUCAUGUGAAUACUUUUUGGGGACCCAGCUAGCUGUGCUUUGAUGACCAUUGCAAUCCAUGGCAUUGGGAAGUAUAGAUAUUACAGUAGUUUUGUCUUUAUUCGCUGUGAACUUGUGUUUCUCUUCUCUUUUCAACAUCAUUAAAUUGUAUAACACUCUCUCUCUCUCUCUCUCUCUCUCUCUCUCUCUCUCUCUCUCUCUCUCUCUCUA